GCGGAAGUGUAUAGUCAAGCGCGUGUUCGAACAGAAAAAGUGCUGUUCACAUUUAUAUAAAAUAUUUUUGCACUCUUAUAAUUGAAAAAGAUAUUUGAGAGUCAUAUUUAACAUACGGACACACAAUUUUUAAAACUUUUACAGCUCUAGAACACUCUUUUUAUUCGAAGUGUAUUAGGGUUGUUUGCAAACUACCGAGUAGCACAAAUACAUCUAGGUGUCUAAAUUUCUAAAGUGACGAAUGUCUAAAUGUCUGAAUUUAUAAAUUUCCGAAGGUACAAAUGCCUAAAUUUCCAAAGUUACGAACGUCUAAAUUCCUUAAGUUACGACUGUCUUGUGAAAUGAAACGUUGAAACGUGUAACUUUAGAAAUUUACACAUUUACUCGAAACAACGGCAACACCAAUAGAACACCACUCAAAAUGCCAUUGCUAUUGCGCCAACGUGAUAAGCAACACACCCUGUACACGGUUUAAGGAACACACAAUCCCUGAGGCGCGCGUCGCGAGUUCGCAGCCGGAGCUUCGAUCGCGAGGGGCGAUUCUCGGCGCAAUUAGUGAACAUCACGCGAUGGGGAAAGUGACGAACAGUCCUAAGCUCGGCGACAACGGCAAGAAGCCGCAGGACAAGAAGAAGAAAAGAAGAAUCAAGAAAAGCUUGGACGAUCUGCACCGAAAACUCGGCAAACCGGCCAAGCGAAAUCGGAAGUCGUUCGAGGCCUGGCAAAGCCAUUUCGUAAAGGUUCUACACCGUUUCGCGGACGUGCGCCAGGAAUAUGGCAAAGAUACGAAAACCGACGGGAAAUCGGGCAAAGAGCGAAACUCGAGGCGAGCAGCCAACAGAAUCCUCGGCAGACCCCUGUCCGGGAUAUACAGGAAUGGCGCCGUGGGCAAGGAAAUACGGAGAACGCAAACGAAGCUACCUUUCAAUGAUCUGAACAAUGCCAGGCUCGAAGGGGAUGUUAUGAAGCUUCUUCACGGAUACGAUGCGAAUUCCAAGGGCAUCAUGAUCGAGAGCAGCAACAGAGAAAGAUCGAGCGAUCAGAUGAUAGAUUCCACCGCAAAGGAGAUUUUUCAGUCCACUCUGGCUGAUUUAGAUUGCGUGAGCCCAGUUUUGCUUAAAAUGAACGGAAGGAAACGAUAUUGCAAGGAAGAAAGUGAUGGAAAUGCUGACCUUUGGGGGCAUAAAAUACUAUCGCAAAUGAUUCUAGAAAAAAAAAAAUCGACGAACUCAAAAUUCCAGCAACACUCCGCCAUUCAACGGUACGAGGAACUCUGCGCCACGGUUUCCGCCGAAAAUUUCGAUAGACUGAGUUUUCCAGACCAAUCCGUGGCAGACCCCCUAACAACAGUGAAGAGGAAGCUAAGAAGCACCUACGCGGAGACUUUCCACAACCAAUUCCUCCGAGACAUGAUCAAACGCGGGAACAUCAUAAGCGAACACACCCCUAGGACCUCCACCCCGAGUCCCAUCCUACCGGAAGUGAUGUACAGUUCCUCCGGUUACGGAGAAAGCGGUGAACUGAUCGCAGGGAACGUGGACAACUCGGUCAGCCAGACUAAUCGCAGAACACACACGAAAGAUGCCGAUUCACUGGUGAAUCCGAGCGGAUUUCUGCUGUCGAGAUCGAAUUUCCAGUUGAACAACAGUACAAAAGAGAUUCCCACGCCUCGACUACUGUUCAGUUUCCCUAGCUUAGCCUCCAAAAGUACCGCGGACACCGUAGAAUCGAAACAGGAGAGAAAUCUACGAAGGCUAAACUCUGACGUCGAUUUCCUCGGAUCGAGCGCGAGAGACCAUACUUCGCUAGAAGUUAACUGUCCUCCUAGCCACCCGAAGAACCUGCUAUACUCCGACAUACCCGAACAGCAAAGAAGCAAAACGAUGAUUCUAGCGCAGUGCAAAAUGUCAAGGGAAUCGACGAUCAAGAGGCAAUUGAUCAAACGCAGGAACCAGCGCACGCAGACGACGGGUUCCUUAAGAAGACAUCCAGCGAUGUCCAACGCAAAAAUAGCGCACCACGAGAAGGAGAAGAGCAUGAGGCACAUGCCGGCCAUACUUCGACGUUGCAACAAAGCGAAUUUAUUCGACGAAGCCUCGCUCGACCAGACAAAGAAGAAGUUCCAGUUUACUCCCGUCUCGCCGCCGUCUAUUCGAUCCGACCUAACCGACAAUUUCAACUGCACGAGUGACCUGGUCGUGCAGACCUGCGUGAUAGCGUCCCCAAGUCUGCGCCGGGAUGAGUCUCAAUGCGACCAGCAGCUAAACAACAUCUUCUCGAAGAGGAACAAGAGGACCCAGAAGACAGUGAUGUUCACGAGAAAAGACUCGCGAAACGCGGGUCACUGUCUGUUUGUCAACGAUAUGAUGCCCGACAGGCCAGCAGACACCCCUAGCAUCUGCCUAGCGAGGAAAGACCUGCUCCAGCAGCAGGAGAAGUGCUCGAGGAACGUCUGCGCAGCUCACAGAAGCUGCCAACGAGCAACAAGCAACUGCCACCGGUCGUUCUGCUGCUCGCAGGUCUCCGAAGACUCGAACUACUGCAGCCAAGAGCUGAACGAAGCUGCCCAGCUGCGACCAGUGCACUUGCAGGAGCCUGUCUUCUGCGAGAAAAUGUUGUUGAAGAAGCUCCACCAGCAUCCUGUCCGCGAAAACAAUCAGCACUGCCAUGGGAAGAACCAGACUGUCUGCUUUUUAACUCUAGACGAAGAUUCGAGCGAUAGGCAGGACUACAGCGGAGUUAGCGCGCCUGCGAUGGAGAAGUCGAGGACACUGAAAGAUGGCAUCUACCGCCACAAGGAAAUGGCCGACGUUGGCCUACUAAAAGGCGUCCAGAAUCUGCAGAUACUACCGAUGGAGGAGUCCAGGGUGAAAUGCAGCAGCGACCGGUGCAUCGGGAAGACAGUGCUGGUGGAAGAGCAACCGGUCAAGUACCUGGCGUUCGACAACGACUCCGAGACUCAAAGGCUACCUAUCUACAUACAGAAGCAGCCCCAGUUCGCCUCAGCGGAUAAUACCGACGCAAAUUACCGAUUGAUCUCCUGCCCCGCGGAAUACACGCAGAAAAUUCUGCUCGUGCCAACGCGGGAGAACAGCAAAGUGAUGUACGUGAAGGAAGCGGAUCUGAACCGACCCGGUGUGUCUUUCGAGCGAGUCGUUCAUCCCAGGAAAAUGUUUUACCGACCGGACCAACUGAACGUUCAAAACGCGUCUAACGUUUGCGAGGUACACGUUCCCAAGCAGAACGUCCUGGAAGUUGGGAACCAUGGGACGAUACUGCAGCAAAGGGACCAUGAGAAGAGGUCGAGGAACACCGUCGGUAACUGGUCAAAGAACACACUAUUGUGAGGGAUGCCUGCGCGAAGAAUCAAACUGUCUACUACAAAGAGUGACAGUGAAAUUCCUUGGAAUGUACAUUGCAUUACGUAUAUUAUUUUUCUGUGGUACUUCAGUGUGGUAUACACAAUUAUUUAUUGCAUUUUGCCUACAGUGCCUACAGUGGAAACGUAUAUUUUUUUUAAGUUUGUAUAUACAUUAGCAACGAAGAAUGUAUACGAGACUUAAUUGUGCAAAAGUGAAUCGUUGCACAAAGUUGUUUAUUCAACGGAUCGGAUUUCGUUUUGAAUUGAGUACGAAGGAAAUAUUUCCUGGAGAACGUUAGAGAAAAUGGCAGUUCAACGUUUGUACGUUUGUAACGUAAUAUAAAUGAAAUAUAAUUAUAUGCAUUAUACAUGUUACAUUAUAACUAUAUUAUAUAUUAUAUUACAAGAUGGUUGUAAUGUAAUAUAAAUUAUAACCAUAUUAUAUAUUACAUUAUAUCCAUCUUACAAUAUAAUAUAAAUUAUAACCACAACGUAACCAAAAUGGCCACCGAUUUUCCGUUACACUUGAUUCGAAUAUUUGAUACGAAUGUUUCUUUUGUACAAACUGCAGCAUU